UCCUAGACAUGUCAUCUAUAGUCUGUAGAUUGCUUCCCGGGAACAAUCACUGAACGAUACCACGCAUCAACGAUUGGUGGACACGAAAAUGAGGGGGCACAUUCAAACUUAAAAAUGUAAUGUACAAAAAUAUAUUCACAUUAUAACCAAUGAAAUUACAUUUAUUAGGUUUUAUUAACUUUUUCCUCUUUAAAAAAAUUAUUCUCGGAACUUUUACAAUCCCAUGUACAUUAUCCAAGAACCUGCAACACAACUUAAGGGACAUACGCAUUGUAUACAAAUGAACCGUCCGUUGUUGUCAUGGUAACUAGAAAGCAACUGCAGAUAGUUUCGAGAUGAAUGCUGCAGAUAUUAACAAUGUGGUUGCUAACGGAAGACACUGUGUUGGCAUACCUCAUACACCGUAUGCCUCGAAUCCUGUACCCGCAGUUCUUUCCAGAGCAAAAAAAGUGCCAGAAUGUCCUGUGCUUGGAAACCGCAAUUGGCUUAUUCAUUUGCAUUAUGCUCGAAAAGAGUUAGGCGUUUGCAAAAUUCUUAUCCAAGAAGACCUAGAAAAAAGUAAAGGGAUGAGUGAAUACGCAAAUUAUGUGAUGGGGCUUAUAUUACGUCAUGAAGGUAAAAUUCAAGAAUCUCUUGAAUAUUUCCAAACAUGUCACUCUCUCAAUCCUAAAAGUGUUGACAAUAUGAAGCAAGUUGCCCGUUCCCUCUUUCUUCUUGGAAGACAUCGAUUAGCUAUGGAAGCUUACCUAGAAGCAGAAAGGGUACCUCAAAAGCCUGACUGGGAAAUAUAUCACAAUUUAGGAAUGUGUUUAAUGCAUCUCAAUGAACUUGAAAAGGCUAAAGGUUACAUUUCGAAGGCUAUUCAGUUAAGCAGUCAAGAAUGUUCCUAUAUAGCUCUGGCUAAAAUAUGUCUUCUACACAAUGAUAUUCAAGGAGCAUUGCAUGUUUACACCAUAGCAUCAGAGCAGUAUCCUGAUAGUGCAGAAAUAGCAACUUGCUUAGGAUUAUUAUACAUCAGGGCAAACCUAUUCCAGCAAGCAUUUGAAAAGCUAGGUUCUGCUUUAGCUCAUGAUCCAACUUUCACAAAAGCUUUACUAGCAGCUGGCUCUAUGAUGCAGAAUCAUCAAGAAUUUGACGUCGCAUUAUCAAAAUAUAAACUUGCAUCUCAUCACAAGCCAGAGUCAGCAGUACUAUGGAGCAAUAUUGGCUUGUGCUUCUUUCAGAAGAAAAAAUAUGUUGCUGCUAUCAGUUCACUAAAGAGAGCUAACUACUUGGCACCAACCGAUUGGAAGAUUCUGUACAAUCUUGGACUAGUGCAUCUGGCUACACAACAAUAUGCUUCUGCUUUUCAUUUCUUGUCAACAUCUAUUAAUCUGCAACCUAAUUCAGGAAAUUCAUUCAUGCUCCUAGCAUUGACUCUUAAACAUCUAGGGGACCAAGAUAAUGCUAACCAAGCAUUUCAACAAGCUUCAAAACUUUCCCCAACUAAUGCAUCAAUACCCUUAAACUUCUCCAUCUUUCUUCAUUCCAUGGGAGCUCGAGAAAAAGCCAUCAUGCAGCUCAAACGAUUUACUGAUCUAGCGCAGAGUCAGAAAGGUCAGAGCCAAGAGAUGGUGGAUACAGCAAAUUCUUUGAGUGCUGUUCUCUCAGAGGAUAACAAUGCAACCAGAGACAUACCACGGACAGAAAACCCUGACUCUGAGGAGCACCCCGAAGACAACAGUGGAAGAGAAGAAAAAGAAAGUGGAGAAAGAGAUUCACAAGACACAACACAGGAGUCUAAUACCCAGAUUGAAAUGGCUGCAGAUGAAGUGUAGGCACACAUGGACAAAAUAAUUAUAUUUAAAGUUUCAAAUGUAAUAUAUGUUAGAUUCAAAAACACUCAUAGCGAGAAAAAACCCAAACAGAAAUAACAUAAAAUAUUGCAUUGUGAUCAAUAUUAACAUGCCACAAAGCAUUUUGGUUUGUUUUUCUUCUUUUUUUUUUUCAUUCACCACUAAACAAAGGUGUAACAUCUCUGGGUCCCAGCAGUGGACGUCAACAACAGAAGUAAUAAUAUCAUGUUUGCAUUUGGGGAAUUUAAAUGCUAUGUAGAGUUCAUAUAAGUGCUGUGCAUAUCAGUGUUUUUGUUAAUAAAGGCAACCAAUAAAUAAAAAUUACCAAUCCCAUUUAGGAUACAAUGUGGUCUGUAAUAUGGUAAUGUUGAAUAAACCAACUUACAGUGCUCAUGAACGCCUAAUGGUGCAUGCUCACAUGAUCUGGCUUGGGACUGUAUUUGCCCCUCACACUGAUGUAUAAAAUUCCUUAUGGUAGAAGAAACUCUCAUUGGGCAACGAAAUGAAUCCAGAAUGCAUUGUGUCUGUUUUAAUGUUACAUGCAAAUUUUUAUUUACAUAUAUUCACAUCCACCCAGAGUUCCAAUUAUCAGUAUCAAAUACUAAACUUUACUGGAAUAAAAAUAUGCUAUUUUCAACACUACAGUAGUUCUGUGGAGAAGAAAAGUAAAUUUUGAACCUGAAUGUUUACAUAUCGUCUGCCCACUAUAUAAAUCCUUUGAAUCGAAUGUCUAAGAUUAUUAUUUUAAAUUUCUUGCCUUCUAUAUACUUAUGUACUAAAGAGAAGUUAUUGUAAUGUUGUGGUUAAAAUGUGGGAUCAGAACUCUCACUGUGGGACACUAGUAUAAAACUAGUAGAGGUAAAACAGCACAUACUUUCUCGCCUAUAUUUUCACAGAAAAUUAUGCGAAAAGUACUCAAAUUUUCAAAAAAUUAUACUUGACCUUGUUUCAAAAUCU